AGUGAAUGAACGCGACUCUGAUCACACCUUGGAACAAGAACAGGAAGCGCGCUGGAUCUCACUGGGCCGGCGCAUUAUCGAACUUGAGCAGGACAUGCGGAAUCGGACUCCGCUCUCGAAACACGCGUUUCGAGUGUUAUUACUCGUGUUCGUUGCUCUCAUCGUCACACUCAGCGUCUUGCUCAAGGUGCUCGUGCUGGACCGUGGUGAUAGCGAUCCCUGUCUCACAACCGACGUGCUGAUUAGUAGCCAGGCCUCGAUGGACACCUUCCUACAAAGCGGGUGCACGGUAGUCCGAAACCUCGCGCUUGUCAAUCUCUCGCCUGAAGGAACAACGCCACUCGAGACGAGUGAUGAAUUGCAUCUCCUGAUGUCGCCUGAUCAAGACCGAGCAGUUGACGCGGUCCCUUUGUCCCGUCUGGACUACUGGCAGUCCAAAAUUGCCAACACUUCGUUUUCGGCCAACCGGCCGCCAAUAGAUGUCGCGGCGUUGAAUUACAACGCGCCCGAGACGGACGCUAGGGCGUUUAUGCUCGACGCCCCUGCAUGGAUGCUACUGUCCACUGCACUUGCAAACCUCCACACCAUCAGCGGCGACUUUUCAGUCGUCAACUGCACCAUUCGGUCGCUUCGCAUGACCGCGCUGACCAGCGUCGGCGGAUCCAUCACGAUUCGACGCAACCCCUCUCUCGUGUCCCUGUACAUGCCAGUCCUCCAGCAGGGCGCCGGCAACCUCGAGGUCGCCUACAAUCCGUUUUUGCUUUACAUGUACUUUCCUCAGCUGGUGCAGCUCGAAAACAUGGCCAUUUUGGCACAAAUGUCACUACCCAAGCUUGACUUUCCCAUGCUCCACAGCAUCAGCGAGCUCUCAAUCACAUGGCAACCCUACUUGCACAACAUCUCGUUCGGCCAACUCAACACGGCCGACAAUGUGAAGCUAAUCAUGUUGUACACGAGCGCCUUUGGGACCGAGUCUUGUGAGCUCCAUUUUCCUUCCAUGACGUAUACCCAGUCGCUCCUCGUCAAGAACGUGUACCAGCUCGGCAAAUUGGACGUGACAUCUCUCGCGCAGGCCUCCUAUUUGGACUUUUCCACCAUCUUCAUGGGCAAAACGCGCGUUCUUGUCUCAUCCGACUCGGAUGAAAACGUGACGCAAGUGCUUGUCGGAGAUGAGCACUUUACAUUCCCCAGCCUUGUGACCUCAGACUUGACCAUCUCCUUCUCGAAUGUGUUUGGGUGCAUCGAACUGAACUUUCCGUCCUUGCUCACAUGUGCACACUUUGCACUGGCGUCCAACACCUUUCUCAGCACUGUCAAUAUGCCCGCGCUAGUCACGGCAGACGAGUUGGACAUUCGCUUCAACCCGAAUCUGGUCAACGUGAGUGCCCCAAUCCUCCGUCAGGUGACUUCGGCCUUCUUCCUGGUUGCAAACUGGGCCUUGAAGCGCGUUCUUUUUCCCGACCUUCAAGAGGCCACCGUGCUCGUCACUCUGUCCUAUGAUCUGGAGAAUAUUACGCUUGGCUUAACACGAGGAAGCGUUGCCAUCGUCUCCAACCCGGUCCUGAAAGCCAUCUCGCUCCCACGCCUGGACGCCGUUGCUAUGCUGGCUAUUCUGGACAAUCUGGUUCUCGAAUCCAUCUCGCUUCCAGUGCUCACCACAGUCGGAAGUGCGGGAUAUGUGGCAAACUCGCCACCACUGGGCCUGGCAUGGAUUAUCGGUCACGAGAACAUUCUGGACAACUUCCCACCCAACAGGACCGCCUCCGACACGUAUGAAAUCGGGGCCCAGCUCGUCUCUGGCCUCCUCGCCAUGUGGGCCAACCCGCAACUCACAAACUUUUCCGCACCCCUCGCAAACUACGCCGUCAAUGUUUUCGUCCAAAACAACCCGUCGCUUUGCUUCGACAUGGAUACUCUGCCCAGCCUACAAACGCUACAGGUGUCGUGUCUCCAUGGCAAUCGCCAGGGCUGUCUUGGGGCUGCAAUCAACAACACCCUCAGCUCAUGCAACACUCCUCCUGCUCCAAGCAGCUCCAUCUCGUCCCGCAUGGUUGGCAGCCAGCCCAUUGCUUCGGCACCCUAUAGCGCUGGUUCUGCCAGCAUGCUCGGCGGCAACUCGCCUGUACGAUGGAGGCGGCAAGGACUUCGUGGUGUUUGAGUCGUUCCCAUUCAUUCAGAAAAUCGAUUUGUUUCAUGUUUCAUGUUUUGUUUUCAUGUUUGUUUGUUUCAUGUUUUUUUUUUCUCCAGUUACUCGCAAUACGAUCAGUCCUGG